AUGGCAUCCUCAUCUCCUCCGUCAUCCACCCCAGCGGCGCCGCAACUCCCAGAGACAAUGCGCGCGUGGCAAUUCACAUCCGCGCACGGCGGGUUGGAGAAGAACCUCAAGCUCAACAACUCGGCAGCGCUGCCGCCGCACGAUGCGAAGGCACUGGGCAAGGACAAAGUGCUGGUCAAGGUGCUUGCGGCGGCGCUGAACCCGGUCGACUACAAGAUUGCCGAGAUGCCGCUGAUCGGACGCCUGGCGAUCAAGACGCCCGCGACGCCUGGGCUGGAUUUCGCGGGCCGUGUCGUCGCUGUGCCCGAACCCGCCUCUGCUGCUUCUGCGCCGCAGCGUGGUGACGACGUCAAAGUCGGACAGUUGGUGUUUGGCCGCCUCGAGCAGCCGACCCAUUUCGGCACCCUGGCUGAGUAUACCGUUGCGCGCAAGGCGGCGUUGGCGGUCGUGCCAGAAGGUGUCAAGACCCAGGACGCCGCGUGCGUCGCCACCGCCGGCCUCACGGCGUACCAGGCCAUCGCACCGAACGUCAACAAAGGCGCUGCUGCAACAGGCGAUAAGGGGCCCAGCAGGGUGUUCAUCAACGGAGGCAGUGGCGGCACGGGCACGUGGGGCAUUCAGAUCGCAAAGGCCCUGGGAUGCCACGUCGUGGCCAGCUGCUCGGGCAAAAACGUGGAGCUGUGCAAGAGCCUGGGCGCGGACGAGGUGCUGGAUUAUACAAAGGAAGAUAUUCUUGGGGCUUUGAAGAAGAUGGCCACCGCCAGUGCUCCUACUACUACUACUGCUGCUGCUGCUACUAAUGGUAGUGGUGGUGCCGGUGGCCCGUCCCCUGACGACAGCCAGAAGUUCGACCUCGUGGUCGACAAUGUGGGCAACUUGGACAAGCUAUACUGGCAGUGUCACCAUUUCACGUCCCCCAAGGCAAAAUAUGUCCAGGUCGGCAUGGGUCUCUCCGGCUACGCGGCGCUGCAGCUGAUCCUGAAAAUGGUCUGGCCAGGCUUCCUGGGCGGUGGGAAGCGCAAGUAUCGCAUGAUGAUGGUGGCCAGCGACGCGGCGCAGUUGAAGCAGAUUGGGGAGUGGAUGGCAGAAGGCAAGGUCAAGGCCGUGGUGGACGAGGUCGUCCCCAUGGAAAACGCCCCGAAGGCGUUUGAGAAACUCAAGACCGGGCAUGCCAAGGGCAAGAUUGUGGUUGCCGUCAGCGAUCAAUAA